AUGAAAAGUGAAGAGAAGGCGGCGUUGCUUAACCCACAAAAUGAAGAGAUUGGUACAGUAUCUCGGCAGACCGAGAGGGCCGGCGUCAUACCAUGCGAACACCUGAAAACGCACUGGCUUUUCAUCUGCGCUUGUCUUUACGGUGUCAUUACCACAAUACUUCUGGCUAGGUGCUUUUCCAGAAGCUCAAACAGUCUAGUGGUGCCAUAUUCCCCUAUCAAACAUCUCAUUGAACCCGUCCUUCAAGAUGUUUACCCUGAGAAGCAUUCAGUUUACUCAAAAGAACCCUCUGAGGAACUUGACAAGGCCUGGGCAGAACUCGUCCAUCCAAUGCUCAUUCAAACAUAUGCUGAAGAGGUGCAAAACAACAACGAGAACCCCGAAGAGCGGCUCGAGCUAGUCCAAGGAGGUUACCUGGGCAGUUUGGGCGUUUUCCAUGAACUGCACUGCUUGAGGCGGCUUUCCUGGCACAUGUACGAGGACAUAUACUUUCAGAACUACACUGAAAGUGCUAGGGAGUAUGAGAGAGCGCACGCACGGCACUGCAUUGAGGCCCUCCGGCGCAGCCUGAUGUGCCAGGCAAAUACUGCUCUAUACACUUUCGCGUGGGACGAGAACAACACUCACGCGAAGCAAGUUUUGACUUCGAAGGCAAAACGGCAGUGCGUGAAGUGGGAGCCGAUCCAUGCGUGGGCGAGCUCCAGAACUGUUGGCUUGAACCCUACGUUCUAUCCGCCAGGAGGAAAACCCGCAGGGUAA